AUGAACAAAUCUCAUAACACAACACAUCCAUUUUUCUUUCUCAUUUCUAUCUUAUUGUUUGGUCACCCAACCAAGAAAAGCAAUGAUGUUUCAAACCCCAAACAGCCAUGAAUCAAGCCAACAUGGCCAAGCCUUAGACCCCCAUGAGCCCCAAGGUUACCCUGAAGACUAUGAUAGCACCUGUUCCACACCCUAUGUUAGUGCUCCUUCAAGCCCUGGCCGGGCACCUGGACCAGGAUCCAUCAAUGGCGGGUUCUUUUAUAGUGCACCAGCUAGCCCUAUGCACUUCGCAAUGACCUCAGUAGCUUCAAUUGUGUCAUCAACCCGACCAUCCUCCCCUGAUAACUCAGUGCCUCUAGGUUUUGAGUUUGAGUUCUCUGGGAGAUUUGGGUCUUCAGGGUUGGGUCAAACAGGGUCCAUGAGCUCAGCUGAUGAACUUUUCUUGAAUGGACAAAUCAAACCUAUGAAGCUAUCCACUCAUUUGGAAAGACCUCAGGUUUUGGCUCCUUUGUUGGAUCUUGAACAUGAAGAAGAUGAAGAAAAUGAAGAUGUUGAUAACAAAGCAAGAGGCAGAGAUCUAAGGCUAAGGGAUAAGUCUUUAAGGAGAAGAACAAGAUCCAUGUCCCCUUUAAGAAAUGACCAAAACAUGUGCUUGGAUAAAGGUUUAAGCAAGCAAAAAGCUGACAGCAAGAACCAUGAUGAUGAAGAGAUGUAUAAUGAAACAAGUGCUUCAAUGUCAGCUUCUUCUUCAAGGUCUUCUUCAGCUGGGAGAAGCUCAAAGAGAUGGGUUUUCUUGAAAGAUUUCCUAAGGAGCAAAAGUGAAGGGAGAAGCAACAAUAAGUUCUGGUCCACCAUUUCAUUCUCUCCAACUAAAGAAAAGAAACCUGGGACCAAAACCAGUGCUUGUGUGAUUCAGCAAUCUAAAGAGAAGCCAAGCAAUGUGUCAAAUGGGGUAUCAGAGAAUCAAAGGAGCAUUAAGAGUAAGCCUGUGAAUGGGAUAGGGAAAGGGAAGAGGAGGGUUCCACCAUCACCACAUGAGUUGCAUUACACAGCAAAUAGAGCACAGGCUGAAGAAAUGAGGAAGAAGACCUUUUUGCCUUAUAAACAAGGCUUAUUUGGGUGCUUGAGUUUUAGUUCAAAAGGUUAUGGUGCCAUGAAUGGCUUAGCUAGAGCUUUGAAUCCAGUUUCCUCCAGCUAAAUCCCAGUUAAUUAGAGGGUAUCAAAGAAAGUGUAUAGAAAUAUAUAUUUUAUACUUAAGAUAAGAUUUUAACUUUUAUAUGAUCAUAUAAAUGUAUUUUACAGUUUGAUACAUUUUCUCUUUUGUUUCAAAAGGGAAGCUGUUCCUCUAGAAAAUUUUAGACCAAUAUUUCCUAUGCAUAUAUUUUGCCGUGUAACACAUUCUAAUAUCUAUUUCUCAUUUA